AUGUCGUACUACGAUGUCGACGCCAUCCUGACCGACGCAGAGAAAGUGCCCUGCCAGUUCGAGCUCGACGUGCCGUACCUCGGCCACCUCGACUCGUCGUCGUCGACGGGCCUCAAGCCCGGCACCUCGCUGACGCUGCCGCUCUGGCUCGCCGAGAUGCUCGCGCUGGCGGCCACGGGCGAGGACGCCAAGGCGCCGCUGACGCUCAACCUGCCUCCCUGCCUGUCGGAGCGCGUCGCCGCCGCCCUCAAGGCCGACCCGCGCGCCGUCGCCCUGCGCGACCAAAACGCCCACUUCUACGGCGUCGGCGUCCGCAUGCUCGACCUCUUUGACGAGCGCGAUCUCGCCGCCGUCCUGCGCCGCACCUUUGUCGUCAGGGCCGCCGAUGUCGGCCUGCAUGCGCGGAAGGCUGACGAGGCCGUCGGCGGGAGCCAGAGUGAGGAGUUUCUGCGCGGGCUGGAUGAUUGGGAGAGAUUCCUGUUUCGAAGGGGUCAUGAGGGCGUCAAGAGGGCCAAGGAGUGGAUGGAUAAGGUCAAGAGGAGCUGA